AUGAGCAUAGUCCUUGUUGAGUCUAGCUUGGCGCAUCUUUGGCUAUGCACGGCCACGUGUGUACAGUGCUUUGGAUGGAGAAACGUGGAUUUCAAGGAAUUUUUAGCCUUCGUUGAAGGUCGGUUGGCCAAAGCAUACGCGGCUGCAAACGAAAUAGACCAAGCAGCCGCCGCGGAGGAGCUAAAGCGAAAAAUUGCCGAGACAAGUCCUGUAGCGCACGGUGCAACGAGAAUCUCCUCCGAUGCGACCACAUCGAGACUGACGGAUGUGAAAGGCUUCACAGGAUCUCACAAAGAGCGAUUUGAUGCGCAGACCGGAAAGGGACGGGGCAAAGAAGGCCGAGAAGAUAAACCUCCAGCAUUCACAACAGCCGGAAUUUCCGCACCACGAAAAUAGUCCCAAAGUUCAGUAUAUCCAGUUAUCAUGUAUAUUUUCAAAGACACAGAUCUUCUUCAUUUUGCAAAAUGACCAUGCAAGUCAGCUACAUAACAGUGCAAUAAGCGUUGUGAUGUAUUUAUAGUUAAUUUUAGAUAACCCCGGCUUGUGAGUUCUUGAA